AUGUCUGAGGCUUUGCAUUCAAGAAGCUACAUUGCUAGUAUGAAUGAUUACUCACUCUUCACCAAGACCUCUUCUGCCUCUCAAGUGGUAUUGGUUGUCUAUGUUGAUGAUAUUUUACUAGCUGGUGAUGAUCUUGUGGAGUUGGAGUCCUUAAAGUCUUUCUUAGAUACACAGUUUAAAAUUAAGGAUUUGGGGACAAUCUACUACUUUCCGGCACUUUCUGUGAUUACUCCUUUUGAUCCCUUUGUCAAGCUUGUGUUAGAUAUGGGUGAACCUUUUUCUGACCCCAGCUUGUAUGGAAGAUAUCUCUUGAAUGACCCUGCUCAGGUUAUCCUUCUCUCCGGCUCUUCUGAUUUUUCUUUGCAAGCUUAUUCUGAUUUUGAUUGGGCAGCUUGCUCCAUUUCUUGCAAGUCAGUCACCGAUUAUUAUAUUACCCUUGGUGGCAGCCCUGUUUCUUGGAAGAGCAAGAAACAACCUACAAUCUUUUAUCUUCAGCUGAGGCUGCUUGUUCCCAUUUUCUGUGAAAGCCAGGCAGCUCUUCACAUCUCCAAAAAUCCAGUCUUCCAUGAACGCACUAAGCACAUUGAGAUUGAUUGUCAUUAUGUGCGCACUUGUCUGAAUUCAGGGUUGAUUCCUUUGCAUUUUGUCUCCCGUGCUCAACAGUUGGAUGAUAUCAUGACUAAGGCUCUUUCUGGUCCUCUACAUCAUGGGAUUCUCUGCAAGCUUGCGGUAAGGAGCAGUGGCUGGAGUAGAUUGGAGGAGUUUUGGCCGGCGGCUUUCUUGGUUGAUGGAAUGGUCGAAGGAGGUGGGGGUUCGAUGGAGAUUUUGGUCUGA